AUGAGGUAUCACCUAAGCGGAUGGGAAUAUGCCGAUGAGAUUGUGACAGCUCACCUAAUACCAAAGACCUUGAAGGAGGACGGGCCGAAACACCUUUUUGGAGAAAAUGAAGUUGUUCUCGAGGACUCAAAGAAUGGUCUUACGUUGCAUAGAAGACUAGAACAAACAUUGAACAAUCGCACCAUUGCUAUUGUCCCGGGACCCCCAGUAGAGUGUGAAAUAACAAAGUGGAAAUGCAUCCUAGUACACGGGGAUUUGCGAGAACAGACAGGGAUCCACUCUCGCGGUGUAUUCCGCAAAUGGAAAGGAUGCUUAACGUUGAAUUUAACUGAGAAACCACCGUUCCGCAUGUAA